CAAAAGCAAGUGCCUUUCAUUUCAUAGCUAUACUCUAUUACAUGUUUUGUUAUCUGACUCACUGUCCCCCACCAUACUCUUCUUUCUCUCUCCUCUGCUAUCCCAUCUCUCUCUCUGUCUUUCACUUCUUUGAUUUCUGCAAUCUUAUCUCCUUUUAGACACUCACUCCCCCUUUAUUAUGCUAAAAAAAGCAUGCUACCCUCUGUUCUUGUUAGCUGAUUCUCACUGAAGAACCCUCCAUCGUACUGUACUCUGCUAUGUUUUGUAGGUAAGGUGAAGGAUUUGUUCACCUUCAUCCAAUUGCCUUCUGAAAAAGAAGUCAACUCUUAUCAGAUUCAUAUAAACAUGGUGACUCCAAACUUGAACUUGGAACCUGAAAAUCAUUCAGAAGGCUCAAGUGCAUCCUUGCAAGAACCAUCCCAUGAUCUUACCAUGGACAGUGCUACUACUUCUUCUAGUCUCACAAAGGCUGAACCUGAUCCAAAUUCUGUUACCCUUGACUUAACACUCAAAUUCAGCCACAAUGAAGGUGAGUUGAAGGAUUCAAGUGAUGCAACCAAUGAAAUUGGAGCUGAAGCUCAUGCUACGCCAUCAGCAACUCCAAGAACUUUCUCUUGUAAUUACUGCAGGCGAAAAUUCUUCAGCUCACAAGCGCUGGGGGGUCACCAGAAUGCUCACAAAAGGGAGAGGACGAUGGCGAAGCGGGCGAUGCGAAUGGGGAUGUUCACUGAAAGGUAUGCUAGCUUGGCAUCUCUACCUCUCCAUGGUUCGCCUUUUCGAUCUCUCGGUAUCGAAGCUCAUGCUGCAAUGCACCAGAGACACAUGCCGUCGUCAUCAUCUCUGAGGGCUCCUGAUAUGAGAGCUGGUGCAAAAUUUGAGAGAAACCACCAUUUUGGAUCACUGGUUUCCAUGGAAGAUGAUGAUCUUGGAUAUUUUUGGCCUGGAAGUUUCAGACAGGUGGAUCGGGGAGGUGGUGUUAAACUCGGACAAUCUCAUAGUUCUAAUGGUAGUUUUGUUCCAAUGGCACCUCCAUCACAACAAGCAUCUACAUCACCUGAUCUCACAUUAAAGCUAUAAGAUUUGUAAAAUGGUAGAGACACAUGUAAGCCACUCAUGAAGUAAUAAAUUGGUGUAUGGGCGUGUUUGGUCA